AGUGUCACACAAACACCAGGUACACCCCAAAGUCAACAUGUCUCUUUCGGAAGACUCUUCGCCCGCCUUGCUUUCAUCCAGCGCCACGCCGGUGCUGGCGUGCGUGGCCGCGUUGUCCCUCUUAGCUUUCGUCUCCAAACACUUCAGCUCACCGCGGGACGGCAGGAAGGACCCACCGGGACCGAGGCCUUUGCCGUUGCUUGGCAACCUGCUGCAGCUGGAUCUCCCGUGGCUCAACAAAACUCUGUGUCGGUUUGCAAAACAGUAUGGUUCGGUGUUCACCAUCUACCUGGGCACCCAAAAAGUGGUGGUCCUGGCUGGAUACAAGACGGUCAAACAGGCUCUGGUUGGCCAUGCCAUGGAAUUUGGAGAACGCUUUGUCCAACCCAUGUUCGCCGAUCUCACAGGUGGUCAUGGGAUUAUUUUUGCCAACGGGGAGUCAUGGAAAGAAUUGAGACGUUUUGCCCUCAGCACUUUGCGAGAAUUUGGCAUGGGCAAAAAACUCACACAGGACAAAGUCUUGGAAGAGUGCAACAAUCUCAUUCCAAUUUUGGAGAGUCAUCAAGGGCAACCUUUUGAUACGACAACGCCGAUGAGUUGGGCGACAUCCAACAUCAUCUGUUCCAUCGUGUACGGGAACAGAUUUGAAUAUAGCGACCCUCGCUUCUCAGCCAUGGUGCGACGAAGCAAUGAGAGCAUUCGAUACUUUGGCUCGCACCAAAUACAGCUCUACAACAUGUUCCCGCGGUUGUUUCGUUGGGUGAAACACCGGCAGUGUAUUCUCAACAACCGUGACGAGAUCAUAAAGGAUGUGAAGGAGCUCCUGCGCCAACGGAAGGAGAAACUUGACCCCGAAAUGUGCACGGGGGUGGUUGACUGCUUCUUCGUCCGCCAGCAAAAAGAAGAGAAAGCAGGUCGCAAGCAGGGCUACUUCAAUGAGGAAAACCUGAUUUUCAUGGUCAACAAUCUGUUUGCUGCGGGCACCGACACCUCCGCCACCACGUUGAGAUGGGCCUUUCUGCUCAUGGCCAAAUAUCCGCAAAUACAAGAGAAUGUCCACGAGGAGCUGAGCAGGGUAUUGGCAGGCCGCCCGAUUGAUAUCGAAAAUCGCAAGAACCUUCCGUACUCCAACGCCGUCAUUCACGAAGUUCAGAGAUACGCCAACAUCAUCCCCAUGUCCAUUUUGCACAGAACCAGCCAGGACGUCACCUUCCAGGGCUACUUCAUCCAAAAGGGCACCGUUGUGAUUCCUCUGCUGUCUUCCGCCCUCUAUGAUGAGAACGAAUGGGAAACUCCAAACACCUUCAACCCUUCCCACUUCUUGGAUAAAGACGGGAACUUUGUCAAGCGGGAUGCCCUCAUUCCCUUUUCUGCAGGUCACAGGGUUUGUCUGGGCGAGGGUCUGGCCCGCAUGGAACUCUUUCUCUUUUUCACAUGUCUCCUCCAGCACUUCCGCUUUACUCCCCCGCCUGGGAUUUCUGAGGAUGAGCUGGAUUUGAGUCCCGUAGUGGGCUUCACCACCAAUCCCUCACCUCAUCAGUUGUGUGCCAUCAAGCGGCAGUGACACACAAAUAAAAGGCUGCUAGAGGACUGUGAGACUCUCCUUUAAGAGGGCGGAGAUUAGAGUCUGCGCCUCGUCGUCCGUGUUCGAAGGAAAAAAGAUGAAAACAAAAGUUCGGAUUACACAUAGUUUAAAUUUAGUUCAGCCUAGCACAGUGUGUGUAAAGAAAGUAAGUUCCGCACGUUGUUUAUUGUUUAUAACUACUAUAGGGUGAUCAGAUUUGGGUUUCUGAAUAAUAGGAGACCUUUUUUUGGGGGGCAUUUUUAUUGGGGGGGGCAUUUUUGUCAUAUGUUAUGACAUGGUGUCUGUAUAGCAAUUGCAUUUAUUGGCCCGAAUAACACAAAACGACAUAUAUACAAUAACAAAAACAUAUUUACACUAACAAAAAUGUGGUAUAGUGUUACACUAAGUAAAAAAACAUCAGAAACCCCAAGACCACCUCUCUUUUUUGGAGCUCCGAACCGGACUCACUACAGUGUUCUGCACUACCCCACCAGCGCAUAAGCCAACAAUAUUUUUC